CCGGAAUUCAGCCGGCAUUCCCGCGAAGGGUGAAGGGAGCAAGGUGGUCUCUCCUGCAGUGCUGGGCGACGGGCCGCGCGGGGAGUUGGGGUGGCGAAAUGCCUCGGUAUGCGCAGCUGGUCAUGGGCCCCGCGGGCAGCGGGAAGAGUACCUACUGUGCCACAAUGGUCCAACACUGCGAAGCUCUCAGUCGGUCUGUCCAGGUUGUGAACCUGGAUCCUGCAGCAGAGCACUUCAACUACCCUGUGAUGGCCGACAUCCGGGAACUGAUUGAGGUAGACGAUGUGAUGGAAGAUAGCUCCCUGCGGUUUGGUCCCAAUGGAGGGCUGAUAUUUUGCAUGGAGUACUUCGCUAGCAAUUUUGACUGGCUCGAGAACUGCCUAGGCCACGUCGAGGAUGACUAUAUCCUGUUUGACUGUCCAGGUCAGAUUGAGCUGUACACUCACCUGCCUGUGAUGAAGCAGCUGAUUCAGCAGCUGGAGCAGUGGGAGUUCCGAGUCUGUGGGGUUUUCCUUGUGGAUUCUCAGUUCAUGGUUGAGUCAUUCAAGUUCCUUUCUGGCAUCAUGGCAGCUCUGAGUGCAAUGAUCUCUCUAGAAAUUCCACAAGUGAACAUCAUGACGAAAAUGGAUCUGCUGAGUAAGAAAGCUAAAAAAGAAAUCGAGAAGUUUCUAGAUCCAGAUGUGUAUUCUUUGUUAGAUGAUUCUACAAGUGUCUUAAGAAGCAAAAAAUUCAAGAAAUUGACUAAAGCUAUAUGUGGAUUGAUCGAUGACUACAGCAUGGUGAGGUUUUUACCUUACGACCAGUCAGAUGAAGAAAGCAUGAACAUUGUGUUACAGCACAUUGAUUUUGCCAUUCAGUAUGGAGAAGACUUGGAAUUUAAAGAACCAAAGGAGCAUGAAGAUGCAUCCUCAUCUAUGUUUGAUGAAUACUUUGGAGAACAACACCAGAAUGAUUGAAGAUUGUUGUGUUAACAAGGGACGGUGUACAUACAUGUGAAGAACGUGGGGGCUGAAUCCAUGGAUUAUCCUCGCCGAAGGCUGCCGCCAUAGAGAGCUACUUAUCUUUCUGAGAAGGAAAAGGGACUGCUCGCUUUAUUUUAUCAGUAGAUGCCUGAACCAUACUGAGUGCUGCUGCUGCCACCGUUAAAGUGUAAUCUUUUUUUUUUUUUAAGUGUAAUCUUGUUGGUGAUACUUGAACCACAUCAAUUUAUAUUGAGAAAGUUAAGGUGAAUGUACAUAGAUUGUAUAUAACAGAGAUUAGCACCUUGCUACAGUGAAAAUCUCACGUUAUUUUAUUGUUUUGUGUUUGAGGGUUUUGGGGAAAGCAAGAAUUACUGUAAUAAAACAUAAGCAUUA